UCUGUUCUUCUUCGGGCUACAAGAAGGCAGAUGAUGAGAUGUCCCGGGCCACGUCUGCUGCAGAUCAGCUGGAGGCACCAGCCCGCACCAUUUACCUCAACCAAGCGCAUCUCAACAAAUUCCGUGACAACCGGAUCAGUACGGCCAAGUACAGCGUGUUGACAUUUCUACCUCGAUUCUUGUAUGAGCAGAUUAGAAGAGCUGCUAAUGCCUUCUUCCUCUUCAUUGCCUUAUUACAGCAAAUUCCAGAUGUAUCUCCAACAGGAAGAUAUACCACCCUGGUGCCAUUGAUCAUUAUUUUAACAAUCGCAGGCAUCAAAGAGAUUGUAGAAGAUUUUAAGCGACAUAAGGCUGACAAUGCAGUUAACAAAAAGAAAACAAUAGUGUUAAGAAAUGGUAUGUGGCAUACCAUUAUGUGGAAAGAGGUGGCAGUGGGAGACAUUGUGAAGGCCGUCAAUGGGCAGUAUCUUCCGGCAGACAUGGUCCUACUAUCCUCCAGUGAACCACAGGCAAUGUGUUAUGUCGAAACAGCUAAUCUGGAUGGGGAGACAAACCUUAAAAUACGUCAGGGUUUGAGCCACACCGCUGACAUGCAGACAAGGGAGGUGUUGAUGAAGCUGUCUGGGAUCAUAGAAUGCGAGGGGCCCAAUCGCCACCUCUAUGACUUCACUGGAAACCUUCACUUAGAUGGGAAGAGCCCUGUUGCCCUUGGGCCUGACCAGAUCUUAUUAAGAGGUACACAGCUUAGAAAUACUCAGUGGGUCUUUGGCAUAGUUGUUUAUACUGGACACGACACCAAACUCAUGCAGAAUUCAACCAAAGCACCACUGAAGAGAUCAAAUGUUGAGAAGGUGACCAAUGUGCAGAUCCUGGUGUUGUUUGGUAUCCUCCUGGUCAUGGCCUUGGUGAGCUCAGUGGGAGCACUCUACUGGAAUGGGUCUCAAGGUGGCAAGAACUGGUACAUCAAGAAGAUGGACACAAGCUCGGAUAAUUUUGGAUACAACCUGUUGACAUUCAUCAUCUUGUACAACAAUCUUAUUCCUAUUAGCCUGUUGGUGACUCUUGAGGUUGUGAAAUACACGCAAGCCCUUUUUAUAAACUGGGACACAGAUAUGUAUUACAUAGAAAAUGACACACCUGCAAUGGCCAGGACAUCAAACCUUAACGAAGAGCUUGGGCAGGUGAAAUAUUUAUUUUCUGACAAAACUGGAACUCUUACAUGCAACAUCAUGAACUUCAAGAAGUGCAGCAUUGCAGGAGUAACCUAUGGGCAUUUCCCAGAAUUGACGAGAGAACCGUCUUCAGAGGAUUUCUGUCGGCUGCCUCCUCCCACUAGUGACUCAUGUGACUUUAAUGAUCCCAGACUAUUGAAGAACAUUGAAGAUCAGCAUCCCACAGCUCCAUGCAUACAGGAGUUCCUUACCCUUCUGGCUGUGUGCCACACAGUGGUUCCCGAGAAGGAUGGAGAUGAGAUCAUCUACCAGGCCUCCUCCCCAGACGAAGCUGCUUUGGUGAAAGGAGCUAAAAAGCUGGGCUUUGUCUUCACAGCCAGAACGCCGUACUCUGUCAUCAUAGAUGCAAUGGGACGGGAACAGAUAUUUGGAAUCCUUAAUGUCCUGGAAUUUUCUAGUGACAGAAAAAGAAUGUCUGUAAUUGUUCGAACUCCUUCAGGACGACUUCGACUCUACUGUAAAGGGGCUGAUAAUGUAAUUUUUGAGAGACUUUCAAAAGAUUCAAAAUACAUGGAGGAAACAUUAUGCCAUCUGGAGUAUUUUGCCACGGAAGGUUUGCGGACCCUCUGUGUGGCUUAUGCAGACCUCUCUGAGAAUGAAUAUGAGGAGUGGUUGAAAGUCUAUCAAGAAGCCAGCACCAUAUUGAAAGACAGAGCUCAACGGCUGGAAGAGUGUUAUGAGAUCAUUGAAAAGAAUUUGCUGUUGCUUGGAGCCACGGCCAUAGAAGACCGCCUUCAGGCAGGCGUUCCAGAAACCAUAGCAACUCUGUUGAAGGCAGAAAUUAAAAUAUGGGUGUUGACAGGAGACAAACAGGAAACUGCAAUUAAUAUAGGAUAUUCCUGCCGAUUGGUGUCACAGAACAUGGCCCUCAUCCUCCUGAAGGAAGAGUCUUUGGAUGCCACAAGGGCAGCCAUUACUCAGCACUGCACUGACCUGGGGAGUUUGUUGGGCAAGGAAAACGACGUGGCACUCAUCAUUGACGGCCACACGCUCAAGUACGCGCUGUCCUUCGAGGUCAGGAGAAGCUUCCUGGACUUGGCGCUCUCGUGCAAAGCGGUGAUAUGUUGCAGAGUGUCUCCUCUGCAGAAGUCUGAAAUAGUCGAUGUGGUUAAGAAGCGGGUGAAGGCCAUCACGCUCGCCAUCGGGGAUGGGGCCAAUGAUGUGGGGAUGAUCCAGACUGCCCACGUGGGUGUGGGCAUCAGUGGGAACGAGGGCAUGCAGGCCACCAACAACUCGGACUACGCCAUCGCCCAGUUUUCCUAUUUGGAGAAGCUUCUGUUGGUCCAUGGAGCUUGGAGCUACAACCGAGUGACCAAAUGCAUAUUGUACUGCUUCUACAAGAACGUGGUGUUGUAUAUUAUUGAGCUUUGGUUCGCCUUUGUUAAUGGAUUUUCUGGGCAGAUUCUAUUUGAACGUUGGUGCAUCGGCUUGUACAAUGUGAUUUUCACGGCAUUGCCGCCCUUCACUCUGGGAAUCUUCGAGAGGUCUUGUACUCAGGAGAGCAUGCUCAGGUUUCCACAGCUCUACAAAAUUACCCAGAAUGCUGAAGGCUUCAACACCAAGGUUUUCUGGGGUCACUGCAUCAACGCCUUGGUCCACUCCCUCAUCCUCUUCUGGUUUCCCAUGAAAGCGCUGGAGCAUGAUACUGUCUUGGCCAAUGGUCAUGCCACGGACUACUUAUUUGUUGGAAAUAUUGUUUACACAUAUGUGGUUGUAACCGUUUGUCUGAAAGCUGGUUUGGAGACUACAGCUUGGACUAAAUUCAGCCACCUGGCAGUCUGGGGAAGCAUGCUGAUCUGGCUGAUGUUCUUUGGCGUCUACUCCACCAUCUGGCCCACCAUUCCCAUCGCUCCAGAUAUGAAAGGACAGGCUACUAUGGUCCUGAGCUCUGCACACUUCUGGCUGGGAUUAUUUCUGGUUCCUACCGCGUGUUUGAUCGAAGAUAUCGCCUGGAAAGCGGCCAAGCACACCUGCAAAAAAACCUUGCUGGAGGAGGUGCAGGAACUGGAGACCAAGUCCAGAGUGAUGGGGAAAGCCAUGCUCCGGGAUAGCAAUGGAAAGAGGAUGAAUGAGCGUGAUCGCUUGUUAAAGAGACUGAGCAGGAAAACGCCCCCCACUCUUUUCCGCGCUGGUUCCCUCCAGCAAGGUGUCCCACAUGGGUACGCCUUUUCUCAAGAAGAGCAUGGAGCCGUUACUCAGGAAGAAAUAGUCCGUGCUUAUGACACUACCAAAAAGAAAUCAAGGAAGAAAUAAGACGCGGCUUUUCCUGAUUGGUACCAGUUUGUUGCAUCCAGUGUUAACGUAUCUUCGUCAAAAGAGACUGGCACAGCAGCAGCCGAAACACCGGGAAACACAUUUCUGUGGCCUUAGCCAACCAAUUUGUUAGUUAUCUAUCCCCUCGCAAAACUGGAGGACACAGUGGGGGAAGCCGGCUUUUGGUUUUUUGUUUUUCUUCCCCUCCAAAUUGGUCUGCAGUGCUUGGCCAAACUUUGGUUUAUGUUGUUAUAAAGCAUUCAGCUGUGCUCCGUGAGGUGUGAAAUUAAAAACAUUAUGUUUCACC